AUGCUGACAAGUAGAAGUGGUCUUCAAUGUUCGACAGUCAACCCCAAAGGCCCUUUCCCAUUGGGUCCUUUCCCAAGACACAUCUGGAUCCAUCAUAACACUCCACAAGACAGCUUGGAUAAAGUCUGUCAUGAGAUCUGGAAAAGGGUCCAGGGCCUCCCUGAAGAACUCCAGCCAAGGUCCUCUUCGCCUCUUUUUCAACUUAGCUGUCACCCCUUCACAUCUUCCGAGGCCCUCAUAGAAGACAGCAGUAAUACCAGCAGCAGCUUCCCAAAGGAAUCUUUAGAAACCAGCAUUGGCAAAGAUGAGAUUUCCCUGCUGGUUGAGCAAGAAUAUUUGAGCCUCACCCAGGAGAAUGCAACCGAGCUAGAGACACAAAGGUUGGAAGAGGACAAGGUGACCCCUGCUCCCUCAGUUCAAGCCCCAUCUAAUCUUAUCACACUUUCUUAUGGAGACCAGACAUUAGAGGAGAGGGAAGUGGUACAAAAUGUCUACAGAGCACUCACCGGAAACAAAAGGGAGAUGAAACUGAGGUCCAUCUGUGACGUCCAGCUGUCCACAAAGUCCACUGUCACGGGCAUCCUACUGCCCGCAAAAUACAUCUACAAGAGUGCCAAAAACACAGAUGGUGGUAACAGUAACAUGAUGGGUUCCAACACGCAGAUUGCCAAGCUCUUGGCGCAGUUCCCAGUGAAACGCAUGGAAUAUGCCAAAGCUCUGGACAACAAGAUGGCGGCCGAAGAAGCCAAAUUGCUCAGAGAUCUCCUGCAAAACAACAUGAUUGGGCCUGUGACCCACAAAGACAGUGUCACGAGGCCGCACACUGUAAUGACGGUGGCCGAAAGUCAAGGACAGAAGAAGCAGCUGCCUGUGUUUGCCAAGAUCUGCUCAAAAACUGAACCUGAACUGAUUGCUGAUGGGCUGUAUCAAAACAAUGCAACUUCAGCAGCCGUGGAUAAGAACAACCUGAAGUACAGCGGGACCAUUUUCACCCCACGAUUCCCAACGACCUCGACGACAACCUCGAAGCAACCCAUAUGGCUUAGCCUGAAUUACCCUCCACCUCCCAUUUUCCCAAACCACUCAAGCUUCCCACAGUACCAGAGUUUGUAUCAGCAAAGAGCACGGAUCCCAUAUCAGCAGACAUUACAUCCUCAGCUGGGAUGCUACUCCAGACAGGUCACUCCUUACAACCCCCAGCAAAUCUUCCGCUCACCUUACACACCAGUGCUCAGCUAUAUCCCGCUGGUUCAACCUGGUUAUUCUUACCAGCAGAGGAACCCGGCCAAACCAUCCAGCAGCGGUCGUGAUCCCCCAGCCAUGGCGGGUGAUGGGCCACAAUAUCCAUUCUCUCCUUCCUAUGGGUUUACAGCUACCACAGCUGGAACUGUAAGAACCAACCCUUAUUUCUCUUCCAAUGGAGGCGGCAACAGUUUUUAA